UGUUUCUGAUCAGUUCAGCUCAACUCCACAGCGGAGUCCAUUACUGACACUCCGGCGGGGACGGGGACCCAAAACACCGGGCUUCGAAAUGACUUCUGGGGCUGGUUUAUUUCCUGUUUAGAGGAUUUACACGUUUGUUUCCCGUAUAUGUUUGUAGCAUAACUUUGUAGGCUUAAACUCGCGGGGGGAACCGGUGUGAGAUUGGUGGAGCGGUCCUCACCAUGAAGCUUCCACUCCUGCCUUGCCUGCUCCUAACUUUGUGGCUGUGCACUCAGUGUGUGUGUGGCAGCACGGAGUGUUCAUGUGGGAAGAAUCACUUUACGUGUGCGGUCAGCGUGUUUGGUGAGUGCACCUGCAUCCCCGCGCAGUGGCAGUGCGACGGAGACAACGACUGCGGAGACCACAGCGACGAGGACGGCUGCAUGCUGCCCACGUGCUCUCCUCUGGACUUCCACUGUGACAACGGGAAGUGUAUCCGCCGCUCGUGGGUGUGCGACGGGGACAACGACUGCGAGGACGAUUCAGACGAGCAGGACUGCCCUCCCAGGGAAUGUGAAGAGGACGAGUUUCACUGUCAGAAUGGGUACUGCAUCCGCAGCCUGUGGCACUGCGACGGAGACAACGACUGCGGAGACAACAGCGAUGAACAGUGUGACUUGAGAAAGUGUUCUGAUAAGGAAUUCCGCUGCUCUGAUGGGAGCUGUAUAGCUGAGCACUGGUACUGCGAUGGAGACACAGACUGUAAAGACGGGACGGAUGAGGAGAACUGCCCUGCAGACGUCAUGGCCGCCACAUGCAGCGUGGAGGAGUUCCAGUGCGCGUACGGCCGCUGCAUCCUGGACAUUUACCACUGCGACGGAGACGACGACUGCGGAGACUGGUCCGACGAAUCCGACUGCUCCUCUCACCAACCGUGUCGCUCGGCCGAGUUCAUGUGCAGCAGUGGGAUGUGCGUUAAUGCCGGCUGGAGAUGUGAUGGAGAGUUUGACUGCGACGACCAAUCAGACGAGAACAACUGCACUGUACCUGUGUGUAUGGCUGAACAGUUCCGUUGUGCAUCCGGUCGCUGUGUGCGGUUGUCAUGGAGAUGUGAUGGUGAGGAUGACUGCACUGACGGGAGUGAUGAAGAGGGCUGUGACAAAAAUGGUUCGGCUCCUUCCUGUGCGUCUGAUCAGUUCCAGUGCGGAACCGGUCGCUGCAUCGGCCAGCGCAAAGUGUGUAACGACGUCAACGACUGCGGAGACGGAACAGACGAACAUCCCCACCAGGAAUGCCGACCCCGGUCGACCGAGGGGAAUUGUAACGUAGGGAACGGCGGCUGCUCUCAGAAGUGUCAGAUGUCUCGAGGUUUGGUUCAGUGCAGCUGCCACACCGGAUACAGACUCCGAGAGGACGGCAAGACCUGCCAAGAUGUGGACGAGUGUGCUGAGGAAGGUUACUGCAGUCAGGGCUGUACCAACACAGAGGGGGGCUUCCAGUGCUGGUGCGUUCAGGGUUACGAGCUCAGACCUGACAAGCGCAGCUGUAAAGCUCUGGGCCCAGAGCCGGUGCUGCUGUUUGCGAAUCGGAUCGAUAUCCGUCAGGUUCUGCCUCACCGCUCCGAGUACACGCUGCUGCUGAACAAUCUGGAGAACGCCAUCGCGCUCGACUUCCACCACAGCAUGGAGCUGGUGUUCUGGUCCGACGUCACGCUCGACCGCAUCAUGAAAGCCAACCUGAACGGCAGCAACGUGGAGGAGGUGGUGUCCACCGGCCUGGAGAGUCCAGGCGGCCUGGCGAUAGACUGGAUCCACGAUAAGCUCUACUGGACUGACUCGGGGACGUCACGUAUCGAGGUAGCCAACCUUGACGGCUCACACCGCAAAGUGCUGAUCUGGGAGAGUAUGGAGAAACCCCGCGCUAUUGCCCUGCACCCCAUCGAAGGGAAGAUUUACUGGACAGACUGGGGAAACACUCCAAGGAUCGAGUACGCUAACAUGGACGGCUCGGGACGCAAGAUCAUCGCCGAUACCAACCUGUUCUGGCCGAACGGACUCACCAUCGACUACGCCGGCCAUCGCAUGUACUGGGUGGACGCCAAGCACCACGUGAUCGAGAGAGCCGAUCUGGACGGGAAAAACCGCAAAGCCGUCAUCAGCCAAGGUCUCCCGCACCCGUUUGCCAUCACGGUGUUCGAGGACAGUCUGUACUGGACCGACUGGCACACCAAGAGCAUCAACAGCGCCAAUAAGUUCACAGGCAAGAACCAGGAAAUCAUCCGCAACAAACUGCACUUCCCCAUGGACAUCCACACGCUGCACCCGCAGAGACAGCCUGCAGGCGGACGUAAUCGCUGCGGCUCCAAUAACGGCGGCUGCAGUCACCUGUGCCUCCCAAACAGCAAGGCUUAUUCAUGCGCCUGUCCCACCGGCUUCAAGAAAGUGGCCCAGCAUAACUGCGCCCUGAGUCUUGACAAGUUCCUGCUUUUUGCCCGAAGGACGGACAUCCGUCGAAUCAGCUUCGACACCGAGGACAAAUCGGACGACGUCGUCCCGCUGGCGGACGUUCGUAACGCCGUGGCGCUCGACUGGGACGCCGAAGACGAAAAAAUUUACUGGACCGACGUCACCACCGACUCCAUCAACCGCGCACUGUGGAACGGCUCGGGACAGGAAGUUGUGGUGGACACCAGUCUGGAAAGCCCUGCAGGUCUGGCUCUUGACUGGCUCACACACAAGCUCUACUGGACUGAUGCAGGUACAGAUCGCAUUGAAGUGUCCAACACGGACGGCAGCAUGCGCACGGUGCUCAUCUGGGAGAAUCUGGAUCGACCUCGAGAUAUUGUGGUGGAUCCUAUCGGAGGGUUCAUGUACUGGACGGACUGGGGAGCAAACCCUAAAAUCGAGCGAGCCGGAAUGGACGCGUCCAAUCGCGCCGUUAUCAUCUCCACCAACCUGACGUGGCCCAAUGGACUAGCAAUCGAUUACGAGACGCAGCGGCUUUACUGGGCCGACGCCGGCAUGAAGACGGUCGAGUUCGGCAACUUCGACGGCUCAGACAGACAGGUGCUGAUUGGCAGCCAGCUACCCCAUCCGUUUGGCCUCACGCUACAUGAAGACAAGAUCUACUGGACAGACUGGCAGUCUAAGAGCAUCGAAAGCGCCGACAAACUGACCGGGUUGGGACGAAGCACGUUAGCGGACAAUCUGGAGAACCUCAUGGACAUCCACAUGUUCCACAGACACAGAGAAGCCGUCCAUACUGCAUGCUCGGUGAAUAAUGGCGGCUGCAGUCAUCUGUGCUUAUUGGCUCCUGCUCCUAAAGGCUCCAGCUGUGCUUGUCCUACUGGAAUCAACCUACAGGCGGAUGGAAAAACCUGCACUCCAGGAAUGAACAGUUUCCUGAUCUUCGCACGGAGGACAGAUAUCCGGAUGGUUUCUCUUGACAUCCCAUAUUUCGCCGACGUGGUUUUGGCGGUUAACGGGUCCAUGAAGAACACCAUCGCCAUCGGCGUGGAUCCCCGAGAGGGUAAAGUGUAUUGGUCGGACAGCACUCUGAAGAAGAUCAGCAGAGCCAACAUGAACGGCUCGGGACACGAGGACGUUGUUUCCACGGGUCUGAUGACGACCGACGGUCUUGCUGUAGACUCCGUAGGAAGGAAAAUCUACUGGACAGAUACGGGAACCAACCGCAUCGAAGUGGCCAAUCUGAACGGCUCCAUGCGGAAAGUUCUGGUGUGGAGGAACCUGGACAGCCCACGUGCCAUCGCGCUCUAUCACGAAAUGGGCUACAUGUACUGGACAGACUGGGGAGAACACGCCAAGCUGGAGCGAGCAGCGAUGGACGGAUCCGACCGUGUAGUUCUGAUCAAUAACAAUCUGGGCUGGCCGAACGGACUCGCCAUAGACAAGGCUGGGUCACAGCUGCUCUGGGCCGACGCCCACACAGAGCGAAUCGAAGCGGCCGAUCUGAGUGGCUCUAACCGCCGGACGCUGGUUUCUCCGGUUCAGCACCCGUACGGCCUCACCACACUCGGGCCGCACAUCUACUGGACCGACUGGCAGAGUCGCAGCAUCCAGAGAGCCGACAAAACCACAGGAGACAACAUCAUCACCGUCCGCUCCAACCUGCCCGGACUCAUGGACAUCCAGGCCAUGGACAGAGACAGGCCUAUGGGUUUUAAUCGUUGUGGUCGGAAUAACGGCGGCUGUACCCACCUGUGUCUGCCGCGCCCGAACGGCACGUCGUGCGCUUGCCCUACAGGCGUUGUCCUGAAGAGUGACGGCAGGUCAUGUGACGACGUUCCCGAGUCCUACCUGCUCUUCUCCAACCGCGUCAGCGUGCGCCGCAUCUCGCUGGACACCAGCGACCACACGGACGUCCACGUCCCCGUCCCUGAGCUGCACAACGUCAUCUCGCUCGACUACGACAGCGUCCAGGGCAAACUGUACUACACCGACGUCUCCCUGGAUGUCAUCAGACGGGUGAAUUUGGACGGGAGCGGCAUGGAGACGGUGAUCAGUCAGGGUCUGAAGACUACAGACGGCCUGGCCAUCGACUGGGUGGCCAGAAACAUGUACUGGACUGACACGGGUCGAAACACCAUUGAGGUUUCCAGACUGGACGGAUCAGCACGGAAAAUCCUGAUCAACAACAGCCUGGAUGAGCCGAGAGCCAUCGCUGUGUUCCCCAGUAAACGGUAUUUGUUCUGGACAGACUGGGGUCAUAUUGCUAAAAUCGAGCGCGCCAAUCUGGACGGUUCGGACCGCAAAGUUCUGAUCAACACGGACCUCGGCUGGCCGAACGGUCUCACGCUGGAUUACGACACGCGCAGGAUCUUCUGGGUGGACGCCCACCUGGACCGCAUUGAAAGUUCCGACCUGAGCGGAAAACUGCGCCAAGUCCUCGUCACUCCUGUAUCACAUCCAUUCGCUCUCACUCAGCUGAAGCCGGUUUCCUCUCCUCUAAUUCGUUUCUCCCGCAUCUCGCAGCAAGACCGCUGGAUCUACUGGACGGACUGGCAAACCAAAUCAAUCCAGAGAGUGGAUAAACACACGGGCCGGAACAAAGAGACUGUCCUUGCUAACGUCGAGGGGUUAAUGGACAUUAUAGUGGUGGCACCAAACCGGCAGUCGGGCACUAAUCACUGUGGGGUGAAUAACGGCGGCUGUACGCACCUGUGCUUCGCCAAGUCAAACGGCUUUGUGUGCGCGUGUCCCGACGAGCCCGACGAGCGGCCGUGCUCCACCAUUGCUGGUUAUGUUCCUCUCGUCCCAGAGAAGAAAGUGACCGCUGGCACUCAAGCUCCUAACAAACGCGCCAAACCGCCGACGGAGAAACCUCCGCAGGGCCGAGCGCCCGCGCACAACUGCACGGAGAAGAGCGACGCCGUGGGCAGCUGCAUUCAGAGUAACGUGGUGUCCGCGCCUCACGCUGAAGGCCUCCACAUCAGCUACGUGAUCGGAGGAGCGCUGACGGUGCUGGCCAUCCUCAUCCUCAUCGCCGUCUUCAUCAUUUACAGACACAAAAAAUCCAAGUUUGCCGAUCCCGGCGUGAGCAACCUCACGUACAGCAAUCCUUCAUACCGGACGUCCACGCAGGAAGUGAAAAUAGAAACCAUGCAGAAACCACCGAUCUACAACCAGCUACGAUAUAAAAAAGAGCAGGAGGGCAGUUACACCAGUGAGAAGAUCCGCAUCGUGGAGGGGGUGUGUCUCCUCUCAGGGGAGGAGCUUUACUGGGAGGACCUGAAGCAGCUGAAAGUGUGCCGCGGAGGCACGUUUAAAACCUGCAUGCGCACCGACACAGUGUCCUUACAGGCGAGCUCCGCCUCCCUUCAGGCAAGCUCCGCCUCCUUGGAUGACACCGAGACCGAACAGCUGCUUCAGGGCGACCAAUCGGAAUGCUCGAGUCUGAACACUGCUCCCGUGGCCACGCCCAAACGCCACAGCACCCUGCCCGACACGGGCUGGGUCCCAAAUCGCAAACCCUCCACUGAGAGCGAAGUGUGAACACACACACACACACACACACACACACACACACAUCUACUGGAGCCUAAUCUAAACACACACACACACACACACACACACACACACUAAGAGAAAUAAGAACAGAUUCGGAGCGAAAGAUCAACACAGACAAUUUAAGAAACACUAAAAUAUCGAUAUAUCAGUAUACUGGAAACUUUUAUUAUUGUGUAGAAAAUGAUGCUCUAUUAUUAUUAUUAUUAUUAUUAUUAUUAUUAUUAUUAUUUUAUUAGUUUUUUUUGCAGACUCGAUGGUAAACACGAGACUGUUUUUAACAGGACGCCUCCAGCCCUCGUCUGAUCUUUUUAUGAACGUUAUUUAUCUGAACAAAUAUCACUUCUCAUUAUAAAGUGCUGAAACUGCUAAACGCCUCCCGGGACCUCGGAUUAACGACAGCGUGCGAGUACGGGGCGCGAGUACAGAGCGCGCGAGUACAGAGAGCGCGCGUACGGGGCGCGAGUACGGGGCGCGAGUACAGAGAGCGCGCGUACGGGGCGCGAGUACAGAGCGCGGUCGCGGUGCUUUCUGAGAGACGCAACACAAACGGUCUCGUGAUGGAAGCGUUGCUUCUCCCCACCUUCCUCAUCGUCCGUCUCUGAAUUUUAAUGUUUUACUCUGUGUGUGUGUGUGUGUAGACAGUAUAACAUUAUGUACUUGAUUGACAGUUCCAUUAAGUAUUUCAUCAAAACGAAAUCAUCAUGAUGCGCGUCAGUCAUGAACCCGUCUCUAAGUAUUGUGAUGUGAUUUUUUAACCCGUAUCGCUCACCCCAAGUGAAGGUGCCAAAUGGUGGUGGUGGUGGUGAUGUUUUCUUCACUACAUAUUUAUAUUUCUGGAGGUGUGUUUGACAUUUCCGAUUUUAUUUUUAAUUUUUUUUACAUUUUUAAGUCGGUCCAUGUUGGUAAACACUCAGUGUGCGGUUUUUAUUUCAGCGAGCGGACACACACCGCGCUAUACAUCAAUGAUGCUUUGAAGUCUCUCAAGAUUCAGCACAGUGCUGAUUUGCUGCUAGAACACACACACACACACACACACACACACACACACACACACACACAGCGAGGCCAAUAAUCCUGAUGGACGGACUCGGCAGCUACUUCAGCCUCCGCUCUGGGUUUAUCUGAACAUCCCCGUGUACCCGCUUCCGGUGUCCCUCCGUAUUUCCGCACGACUGACCCUAAAUCCAGCUGUACAGAGUUUAAACCGCAGAGACGCGUUUCUGUGUUAAAGAUGUUUUAUUGUUGUUGUAUAGUUCCUUUUUUUUUUGUACAAAGGGAUUAUUUUUUUUUUACUUGUGUUAAAGGGAUUGUGAACACUUUUUUCUAAUUUAUUAACACAAAGUCAGACGGAUUCAGCUUCGUUUUGUGUUUUAUUUUCUUCUCUGUGUGAGAGUUUAACAGCAUGACUAAUAAUAAUAAUAAUAAUAAUAAUAAUAUAUGGUAUGUAAUUGAGUGGUGUCUGUUUUCGCAGCGCCCCGUGUCCUUGUUAAAUCCAUUUCCAUAAACUCUACAUUAUUAUUAAACCUGCUCGGAUGAAUUCCUUUAAAGGAAAACAGUCAGAAGUGUAUAUAAUCUAUUUCACUGACCUCACAGCGCUUUGUGUACUUGCUUCAAAUCCUAAUCUCAAUAGAGAUGAGAUUUUUAUUAUUAUUGUUUGUGUUUUUUUUUUGUUUUUGUAAAAUAGCUGCUAUAACGUUAUAACGGAUCUAAUACUGUACUUUAUUGAGGUUUGUAAAAACGAGCUAUGAAAGCUGUUCAUGGUUUAUUUUGAACCAAAAAUCAACUCGGGUACGUUUUUUGUUUGUUUGUUUGUUUGUUUGUUUAUGAACGGUUAUGCUGUAGAAAUCGAGUAUUUUAAAAUACCGUUUGUUUGUUUGUUUGUUUGUAAACACGGACCGAACAGCAGUUUCUGCACUCGGAGAAGAAAUAAAACGACGACUCACUCCUCUGACUUUGUGAAAGCAGAUUUAACACCAGAACAUUUUAUUGCGAAAACGCUGAACCUUUACUCAACUCACUGGAGAGAACUUCAUGAACCACUUCCUCGUUUUUGUUUUGUUCUGUUUUCCCUCCAUGUGCUCGACGUGCCAGUUAUUUAACAGAGUGCUCUUCUGUGUCUCUGAAAGACGUCUCGGUACACGUGUAACUGUUGUAAAGUUAAUUAAGAGAUAUUUAUAAUUGUUUGGUUGUCACUCGGGUGUAAAUAUGAAAGGUCUGUAUAUGAAUUUUCUGCUUUGCGAUACUAACAAGCCGUGUUGUGUGACAGUGAACUACUUCUUUGCUAUCUUUUAAUAUAAAAUUGCAUUUGAAUAGAAAUGUA